AUGUCGGCCGGUUCCGGUGGCCUAGGCGGGACGGCCUCGGCCCUGCUGAAAUCACCCCAAACGGCCCUGCAGCUGCUGCUGGAGGAAAUCAACUUUCAGCGUACGAAGGAGAUGCGCCAGCUGCUGAAAGACGAUGGUGGAUUCGUCGUCCUGCAGGGCACAACCUACUGGACGGAUCUGUUCGUGCGACACUUUCUCUUCCAGUCGGAACCGGAGCACAGUAUCGACUGCGACGAUCUGCUUUUUUUCGUGCGGAAAAAGCACAUCAAGGGCUCGUCCCGUGCCAUGCCCCGGUACGAGACGGAAAUCGAGGUCUUCCGGAAGGACUCGCGCAAACUGCCGAUCGGUGACCCGGACGUCGACUGGGAGGAAACGGUUUACCUCAACCUGGUGAUCCACCAGUUUAACUACACGCUCACACUCGCCAUCUGUACGCGGACCUCGCCGAAGGAGCUGCAGGUGUUGCGGCGCCACUCGCAGAAGGUGUACGCGUCGCCCAGCCGUCGAAAGAUGGACACCAAGGGUGACAGUGAGGAGAUCACCUACCCGCACAUCUGCUUCAUGGUGGAUAACUUCGACGAGGUGUUCCAUGACAUUUUGGUGCGCGAUGGUGAGAUGGUGUGUGUCGAGCUGGUAGCUACCGAUCGGGACGGAAGCGUGCAGGGCGUUAUCUUUCUCGGCUCCAUUCGUUACGAUGCGCUAAAGAAGGUGUACGACGCAAGGCAAUCCAGUCUCGGCUCGAAGGUCGCACAACGAAUGUCCUUUGGAUUGUUUAGUACCGGUGGCCCACAGACACGGUGCGAGUUUGUACGUAUGAAAGGUCCACAGGGCAAGGGACACGCGGAGAUGGCGGUCACCAAACCGAAGGGUUCGGGCGUUGAAACUCCAACCAGUGAGCCAGGGUUCUGUGCCACUGACAUGUGGGACUCCGAAUGGGAGGAAGACUGUGAGGAGUAUUACAACUAUCGGCACCAGCGUCGGCUCAGCGAUCCAAGCGCGAAUUUGAACAACUUUAGCCGGUACGGUUGGCGCACGAAAAACCCGGGCGAUCCCGGCUCAUCUUACGGCGGUUCGAAGGCACGGUCGGAAAACGAAGGACUGGACUGUCUAGCGAACGAGGUGUCCGAGAUCGAGGCGGGAGAUUUGCGCGACGAUCGUCCUGCUUCUUCGUCCGUCACCACCGUAUUGGGCACGAGACGAUCGUCACCGGUUGGGCAGUGUGCAUCUACCAACCUGUCCACCGAUCGGUGUGCGUUCGUAAAAACGUCCACCGGCGAAACCAAGGGUGGUGAUCCACUAGCGGGAACCUCCGCGACGAAAGGUGCACCUACCUCCACCGCAACCAAGACGGGAUGCUGCAGUUGCUUUCGUGCACCGAAAAAGCGCUGGUCCGAUACCGACUCGGUUCAGAUGUCGGAAAUGUACACGCCCUGUCCGGCGUGCGGUGGUAACGAACCGGAGGACCCAUCAGCCACCGAAACGGAACGCCACCGGCUCGAAUCGCUCGAGCUGCACGACUCCCCUGCCUGUCUGGCGACGGUGUCGAAGGGCCGUUCGCCGCUCAUGAAGCACCGCAACGUACUGAUCGUGGAAAGCGAGCUGGAGUUUGCAGGCGGGGCCAAAGUCCGUACCGGUUCCGCAACCGCCGAGAAAGGCACCGCCAAGAAGAAACCACCGACCGAUGCACUUAGCGCGGUAAAGCGGCGUGAAAAUGGAUCGAAGGCAACGCAAAGCCCGAAAAAGCGGCUCAGUACACCCGUGUUCCGGUCGAAGCGUACCAACGCUGGUAACAGUGCUUCGGAACCAUCCGACACUGCGGGUAACAAAUCGAACGGCAAGGCGAAAGCGACCAAUGCGCUUAACAACAACACCGGCUUGAAUAGACGAUCCGCACCACCGUCGGCCGCGACCGAAGCAACCGAAGCGACCGAAGAGUACGAAAUAGCGGACGAUGCCGUCUCGCUCAACGGUGGCGGUGGAGAUCUACUGUCCGCCAACAGUGAACCAUUGGCACCGGCGCUGAUCGAUCCAAAGCAACGCAUUCGCGUGAAUGGUCGCGAAGAAUUUCCCGCCGAACGGAACAAUGGUACGUCGAACGGGAAUGGGAAUCACGGUGGGGAAAAGCAGCUAACGACUUCGGUAACGGUGGCCAACAUCAAGGAGCAUCGUGAACGACGAACCUCAAACGGGCGUUCUUCGGGGAAUGGACCUUCGACGAUCGGCAGUGGCCGCUUUUCACUGAUCUAUCGGCGCAGCAAGUCUUCUUCGGCCACUUCAGCGGUGGUGUCUAAAAAGGAUGACAAGAAAACGAAAGCUACAAUCGUUCCCGAGGGACGCAAAACGAACGCAACGGAUGGAAAGAAUACCAUUGAAACGCCUGCCCAGCCAGCAGUAAAGCCAGAAGAAAAAACAACUCCAUUGGACACGCAUGCGACGGAACGGGAUAUUAACGGCAAUCCAGACGAGACCACCGCGACCGCAUCAACGAACGAUGGCGAAACGACGGAAGAGAGCGAACUAAGCAAUCGUGCCAUUUGGGCCGCACUGAAAGAACUGCGUGCCAAGAAGGAAUGUUCCACGCUGCCGAAGGUGAAGAAACCGAGCUACAACAGCUUUUACGCCCGGCCAACAAUACUGGGCAGUGAGCGGGAAGGGACAAUACCGGCAGGAACUGUCGCACCACCACAAACGACCAUCGUGAAUACGAUCCCGAGCCGCCGCACACCGGAUGGCACAGACAUCUACUAUCUGUGCGAUUACCACCCGAAGCGAAACCAUCACGGUGAAAAAGAGCUUGAUGAUGGCGCAUAUAAUCCGCUGUGGACAACGAAAGGCUUUACGCAAACGUUUCACUUCUGGAAGGAGAACCGCCGCCAACAGUCGACGCCAUUGAACGCCUUUCUCACAUACGUCACAUUGCCGUGGUGGAGUAUAGCGAAAGAUCUUCUAGACCACCGGGAGCAACCGAUACUAACGUUUUAA